AUGGAGCAAUUGCGAGUGUGGGUCUUAUUGCUGUGGUUAGAACUAGUUUGGGGUUCUUCUUCUGCUGGAGCACUGUUUUGUUGCUUCUAUAUUUCCCAGUUUCUUUCUCUAGGUGUUUUGAGUGGCUUCUGUCAAUAUGUGAUGCUCUUAGGACGUGCUGAAAAACCCAGAAAACGAAAAUGUGAACAAUCAUGGUUUCAAAAUGUAAGGAAUUUAUUACAACUGUUAUUGACUUAA